UUCAUAAACAUUUUGUUUACACUUUUUAUGAAAACAUGCAAGUGAAAAUUUAACUGAUUUUCUAACGUUUCACUAAAAAAAUAAAAAAUGUUUAGCCAAAAUACUUUCGGUGGCUCCAUUAUUGGUCAAAACACGACUACCACUAACACAGCAAAUCCUAUGAAAGAUUUCGAAGUAACUCAGCCACCAGAUGAUUCAAUAAGCUCUCUUGCAUUCUCACCAUCAACUCUACAACAGAAUUUUCUUAUAGCUGGUAGUUGGGAUAACAGCGUACGAUGUUGGGAAAUCGAACAAACAGGAAAAAGUGUACCAAAAUCAAUGCAGUCAGGCACAGCACCUGUACUUGAUGUGUGUUGGAUUGACGAUGGUAGUAAAGUUUUUAUUGCUUCCUGUGAUAAAACUGUUAAGGUGUGGGACUUGGCUAGUAACCAAACUAUGCAAGUGGCCCAACAUGAUGCUCCAGUAAAAACAUGUCAUUGGGUUAAAGCUCCAAAUUACACAUGUCUCAUGACAGGAUCAUGGGACAAAACUUUGAAAUUUUGGGAUACAAGAUCUCCAACUCCUAUAAUGAAUAUAGCAUUGCCUGAACGUUGUUAUUGUGCAGAUGUUGAUUACCCAAUGGCUGUGGUGGGAACUGCCAACAGACAUUUGAUAAUUUACCAAUUAGAGGGAAAACCCUCUGAAUAUAAGAGAGUUGAGAGUCCUUUAAAAUACCAACAUAGGUGUUUGGCAAUAUUCAAAGACAAGAAGAAAGCUCCUACAGGAUAUGCACUUGGUUCUGUGGAGGGCAGAGUAGCCAUUCAGUAUGUUAGCCCCACAAAUCCCAAAGACAACUUUACAUUCAAAUGCCAUCGAUCAAAUGGAACGCCCAACGGUUAUCAAGACAUUUAUGCUGUCAAUGACAUUGCAUUCCAUCCAGUCCAUGGAACUUUGGUCACUGUAGGUUCCGAUGGUACAUUCAGCUAUUGGGAUAAAGAUGCUAGGACAAAACUGAAGUCCUCAGAGGGUGCUAUGCAACAACCGAUAGUAAGAUGCGUUUUCAAUCACAACGGACAAAUAUUUGCAUAUGCUGUCAGUUAUGAUUGGAGCAGGGGACACGAAUUUUACAAUCCGUCUUUCAAGAGUCAAAUCUUCCUGCGACCAUGUUUCGAUGAGUUGAAACCAAGGGGAUCUACAUAAAUUUGAAUCAAAUGUAGAUUUUUUCGUUUAAUAAGGAGCCAUUAUGAAAGUU